AAUGGCGUUCACAGAGAAGAAGAUGGAAAUUCCACUUAUCUGCAUCGUAUUGUUGUCAAUAGGGUUUUGUGUGGAAGGUAGUUUGCUUGGUAAAUUUGUGCAGAACAAGCCUCCAAGUGAUGAAUCUGUACUCAGCAUCCUUAACAAGCCUACUUCUGUGAUGUUUACAAGGGAUCCAAAGCCACUUCCAAGCACUGAAAUCACAAGUAUUCUUUCCCUUGCUCUUGGGUUUUCUACUCCCAAGGAGAUUGAGUGGAGAGGGCUGCUCUCAGGAAACCCUUUCAGUAGACCAGAUGCUGUUGUCCUGUUCACUGUUGAUUCAGUUCAAAAAGGUGUAGAUCUUAACAUUCAUGCUUCAGAAAGGUUUCCAGUUAAAGAAGAAGAUGCUUCAAGAACAGAAAUGUUGUCUUUGUCACAUCAAAAGACUCUGUCUAGCCAUCUAUCCGACAUUUAUGAUGGCAAAUCGUAUACACUUUCAAUAUCAGCUGAUGAAGAUGUAAGUUAAUGACAUUUAGUCAAAUUCUGACCACUUUAGACAGCCUUAUCAUACUUCUCAGUUAUUUCAAGUUCAAUUUUGAUUUUGAAAUUCCAAAAGAAACAUACAAAUUCCAUUUAACUAAAACAACAAAAUGAUAAUUAAAAACAGUUUACAAGGCCAUA